UGGUAAUCCUAGCUGUGCAGCACUGAAUCUUGCGCCCACCCAUUUACUACGUUCUGAUCUAUUAAGAUCGUUCCAAAUUGUGUAGUUUGUGAUUCCUGUGUCCCAAACAAUAAUGACCUUGCUGAAAUUUCUUAGUUUGAUGGUCACCCAAAGCGUUCUUGCAUUCUCAAGCGCAGAGGAAUCCUGUUUGAAGCUCAAUACAUGUGUGUGUAUGUUCAGUAAUAAGUCAAUAGUUGACUUAUGGCCGGUUGAUGGAUCUUCCACUAAACCGAGGUGAGAACUUUUCAUAUUCAUAUCCUGAAUUGUUAAAAUCAAACACCUUGAUUUGAUUACAUUUGCCUUGCUCUGUAUUUUUUGGAAAAGAAGCGCAGAGGAUCUCACUUCCAUCCAAGUACUUCCGGAUACACAAAUUAUGCUUUUUAUAAUAAAGAUAUAAGCUUACUUUAUUCUCUAGACAUACUUUAUAUACUGGAUAUACUCAUACCGACGGCAAAUUAAUUAACCAAAAGACAUAAAAGUUGUUUUCUUCCUCAUCCUUCAGGGGAAAAUAAUGAUAAUAAUGCCAGUGUAAUGUGUUGUUCUCCGAGGGGGUCAAAGAGGUUUUUGCAUGAAACGGCCGGAUUAAUUUUCGUGAAAAGCGAAAACAUGAAAUUAAAAUUCGUGAACUGCGAAUAGUUUGCUUGUCGUGAUACUCGAACUUUUAAAUAUUAAUCCGAUAUUCGUGAUUUUCAACUAAUUUUUUCGUGAAAAUGGACGGUAAGUUCAAUUUGAAGAAAAAUUUUACUGAAGCCAGUGGACCAUGUUUUAAAAGUCCUAAAGGACUUAAAGUCGUUCCCUUAUAUGUCAGGCUAAAUGACCUCAAACGCCUUUUUCGGCUUUUGUUUCACGCACCGAGUCCUGAGCUUAGAAACAAUUUCCGUCACGUCAUUAUUUUUCAAUCAAUCAUAAUUCAGCUCUUAUUUUUGUGAAGCUAACACGCGUGGGGUUUUCGUAUGGUCAUCUUGGGUGCAGUGGCCGACAGUGACAAUAAGCAAGUUUUUAAAUUAGAGGGAGUAAUAGCAGAGAUUCCGCCCGCGCGCUAGCCCCAGGCCCAUACCUAAGAGAAAAUGGGAACCCAUCGAUCCCAUCGAUGCCAGAAAAUUUGGCUAUGACGUCACCGCACGCCCGUACGUCCGUACGAACUUUGGGGGAGGGGAAAGGUAGUCAGGAGUCAGCCCGACUAAGGUAGGGUUAUAGGAAGGGUUAUGGGGGGUUUUCAUCCAAUCUCGGGAGACACAAAUAACAAUGGUUAAAUGAAUAAAUGCUGGUGGACAAACAAAGCGAGCUAAUGAGCGAUCUUUUGUUUACCGUCCACCAGCAUGGCGGCGAUGACGUAACGUGAAAACCUCCUAUACGUUUGCUAGCGCUACAUUUUUUCGGCGGGAAUCGCUUUUGGGCAACCCACUUUCUGUUUGGCGGAGAUCGUCGGCCAUCGUCGCUAUUUAAAAAAGGUUUUCUCUCUAUGAAAUAGUUUACAGCUGUAUUUUAAUGUCUAAAUUGACGUGGAAAACAGGGAAACAGCUACAGCGAGAGAUAAAAAACAAAGGAGACCAAUUUCGUAGGAAGAAAAACGUGAAAAUUUUAUAGCGGUCGUGAGAAACUGAGAAAUGCUAGCGACCACCAAGGUGAAAAUGAGAGGCAGCAAAAAAAAGUAAACGGGAACACAUUCAAAAUUUCCUCCAUAAAAAACUUGUAACAAGAAAGUUUCUGGAAGUUUCGAUUCAAGUUGUCGUCGAGCAAAACAACGGCAAAGAAAUGUACAAAAAAAGUGUGUUGCACGUGCAAAGUUGUUUUUUUGCUAAUUAGACCAACUGGUUUAUUUUGGCUGGUUUCUUUUAUAUUUGUUUGAGUAAACUAUAGAUAUUAACCGGAGCUUCGCUUUUAGCCCUGUCUAAAUCUAGAUGACGUCCUAUAUAAUAAAUUAUGUAGAUCCCAUGGGUUUUCUUGGAGGUAAAGAACGAAUUCGAAUACCUACAGUAAGCAUUCAUUCCUUGAAGCUCUUCUAAGCGGCACAUCAUUGAGUACACUGGUUUGAAAGCUGAGUCCGAAAAGCGUGCUCUAGGAUCCCCGAUCCUACAUAAUUUAAAGGCCCGCACAAGGGAGCAAAGCUUAUGCGUUAAACAACGACAACAAUAAUUAAGAUGAAAUGAAUUUUCGACGAGCAGUUACACUUCGUUGCGGAAGAAUGGUCAAGGCCAAGUCAAAGUUCUUCUAAGUUUCCCUUUAAUAUUUAGACCUAUUUCGUGGAUAGUAAACAAAUAAGGCAAUGGAAUUAAGGUUAAAUGGCAUUGCUUUUUUAAUAGUACUAUCCGUCAGCAUGAGUCAUCAUCAGUUUACCGGUACCCUCACCUACAUUGUAUGUUCACCUGACUUGUCUACUGCCUCUGUUACUUCUAUUUCUCCGCAAUAGCUCUGCGGCGGGAGGCUUAAAAGGCAAAACAUUAACCCUACUGAUGGCCGAAUUUAUACUAGAGACGAAUUAUCCGUGUAAACGGAUUAUCCGUCUAUAGUAUAAAUUCGGUGCCAAGACGAAUUAUGGAGCAAAAUUCGUCUGAGGCUGAUUCGUCUAUUAGCCACGUCUUCAAGACGUGCUAACAGACGGAUAAUUAGUCUUCGACGGAUUAUUCGUCUGUAAAUCUAUAUCUUGACGGAAGGUGGACGGUUUUUUGACGAAGUUUCCACACGAGAGGGACUGGUUUCUAUAUUUUCGCAAUAUAUCUAUAUAUCAAUUUAAAUAUCUAGACAAAUUAGUCGUCAAAAUUCGUGUUCGGAUUUAUACUUAAACGAAUUAUCCGUCUGAAGGAUAAUCUGUCUAGACGGAUAACUCUUCUCUGGUAUAAAUUCGGCCAUUGUACGUUCACCUGACUUGUCCACUGACUUCUGUUACUUCUCUUUCUCUGCAAUAGCUCUGCGGCGGGAGGCUGAAAAGGCAAAACGUCAACCCUACUAUUAACUCUGCAGACAGCAGCAUUCUGAACAGGUCUAGCCAUCCGCUGUCCUUUUCCUUCGGAAAUUUCCGUGAAACAUGAACUCGGAAUUUUAAUCACAGUGAUGCGUUAUUAUUACUUGUUGAAGUCCGUGAUACGUGCGUAGGACUCUCUCCCUUACCCCCCUCUUCUCCGUUUCACGCAGUUUGUUCUCUGUGCCGUUACAACCGGUCGACGAUGGUCAUAAAAUAUUCUUAUGUUCGGCUUUAAGCUUAUGUUAGUUAACAAUGAUCAAGACAACCUCCAGUGAAUUUGUUUGAGUAAUGUACCAAAGUGUUAUCUUUUCAUUUUAGUUUUACCCAAAUACCGGAAGCUGAGGGACGCGUUUUUGAGUGGAACCCCUGCACACCUUUCAGUACUGGUGUAUCUGGCUGUAACAAUGUGACGGUAAGUUAGUGACACGAAAAAUGCCAAUUAACUCUUGGAGCGUGGCAGAUACAAAACAUACAAUUUGACAGGGGUACCCAACGAGGCUUUUUUUCUAAAUACAUUAAAAACACAUUUUAGGCUAUCCAGAGUAUCUUAAGAUCUCUGGAAACGUAUUCUAAGCGACGCUAUAAAAUUUGUAUCUGUUUCAUCCUAAGGAAAAUUGAGGAAUUUCGAAAUUACAAGGGCUUCAGCAUUAUUUUCCCGAAAAUUUUAGAUGCAAUUUAAGACCCAUUUAACGUUUUACGAAAGUAAGAAAUUUUUUGAUUCCUCUCUCCAACGCAUUUGCGAGUCCGAAAAUUUUAGGUUUCCUUUUUCUACGAAAAAUAGCUUAAUCUUGGAAGAGAAAUGCGAAAAAUUUAACUUCAGAGAAUCGUAGGGAAUUUAUUAGAUAAGCUUCGAAAAUUGUACAUGAGUGGAACGGUCAUCUAGAAAUUUUUAGCCUUUUUCAAGCUAUAGAAAAUUCUAGGCAAUUUUUGCUUCUCCGAACAGAUAUGUUACAGAAAACAGUCAUUGGGUGCCCCUGAUUUGAAGGACUUGAUAGUCCACAACACAGUGAAUUUAGCAAUGAUAUUGAAAUAGCAAAUAUUAACCAACAAGUAACAACCAACUCACUUUUUAAAGUGAGUUGGUUGUUAUCCUGUUUCUGAAAGCGCUAACUGCUUGCAUGCAUAAGAACCCAGAAUGUUUGCCUUUACACUGAAAACAGCUUUAGAAGUCAGGGUGGCCCGGACUAAUUGUUUGUUUUAGGUUUAAAAACGCUUUUUGUGAAGGUUUUGAUCAAACCCCGAGCUGUCUAGUUCAGACCAAGACAUGCCAUUUUCCCCCGCCCUUUUUCAGACCUGGCGUCCAAAAGUUGUAAAAUUUCGGUUGGCUAGCAUAUACAAAUCCGUAAAUUUAUGACGACAAGUAUCUGUAUAGAAAUUUUGAUAAUUUUUAUUCUCCCUCAGUCUUGUCAAAGGACUUAUACGGAAAAUUAUCCAGCUGGGACAGCAGACACCACUUUUUCUGUGGACAGUGAAGGCAAUGUUGUUAUCACUUAUGGAGCAUCGAAAAAUCCUGACAAUUUGUGGAGGUAUUUUGCAACAUUAUCUUCAAACCAGAGUCUACGAUCGGGGGAAAGGGUCAAAGAAUAACUGGUUUAACAGCCAAGGGAACAUUUUCGUCCCCUUUUUUAUAACUUCCCAUGAACUCCUAAAAUUUUGACAAGAGAAAUAACUUAUUUGAAGCCAGUACUCAAGCCCUUUUCCCUGCCUGACCAUAUUAGUAUAUGGAAUAGCAUUAUUUUUAGUGAUAUUUGGUAUAAACACCAGGAGUGAUAUUUCGAAAUUGAUAUACGUAAAGAGUGAAAUUUGAGGCAAUUUUGAAAUAUCUCAACUGGUAUUUAUGCCUCUAAUAUCAUAGGUGACGAACUACUCCUUAAUUUUGGCGCGAAUAUUCAGCGUUUAUAUCACUACAUGAGAAAUUUCUGCAAUCUGAUUGGCUUAGAGCAGUGGUAUUUCAGCUUAAUUUGAAAUACCUACAUGUGAAAAUUACAAACCUUUUGUGGGUAGUAGUAUAAACAAAUAAUAGUUAACAAUUAUUCUUUGAAAUCGAGGUGAAUAGUGGCAAAAUAUUUACCGAGCCGCGAAAGCGGCGAGGUAAAUAUUCCCAAAGCCACUAUUCACCGAGAUUGAGAAGAAUAAUUGUUUUAGUAUAUACACACGAAGUGAUCUCAACAAAAUCAGAAAGGAAACCAUUCAAAAGUAGGAUUUGAUUGACAGAUCAAAUCACGCGUAAGUUUAAAAAUAGAUCUUUGCAGAAUUUUCAAACAUGGCAAUUCACAAGUUUACUCAUUUCGCAAACAACAGCGUAAUGGCUUCAAUGGAAUCGCUAAAAGUUUGAACUGUUUCCUUACCUGAGAAGAAAAGUAGAGCUGUGUUGUUUUCUGUUGACUCGCCAAGUUUAUAGUCAAAAGGGCAUGUUGUGUCGUUCUUCGCAUGAAGUGCUGACAAAAAUGGCGGCUCGGUUGCUCGAGGUAAGAUGUCGUCUUCCUGUAUCAUUCUUUUUCCUGUUUACUUGAAAUGUAGAAUUUCUGCAAACAUUUCCUUUUAAAUUUGUUUGUCAUAAAUAAACCUCGAUUUUUGAGCCAAAAUUUUCUUCUUAGAAAACGCUGAGUUCACGAAACGGCUUCUUCUACGCGAAUACACGGGAGUUGUAAACAAUCCAUCGAGCACAAAACUCCUGCUACAGUAAAUUGAAAAACGCCGUAUUGAAUCCUUCCAAGUCUUUUCUUGCCUUAAAAAAAGUCAGCCCUAGGAUUUUGUCGACUUUUAAAAGAUCGUUCUCUAAAAAAAACGGGAAAAACACCGAGCUCACACAUUAUCCACUCGCUAGGAGGUGAAUAUUGUUGAAUAGUCCGAGAUAGCGAACCAAUCAGAUUGCUUAAAUCACCAAGAUCACUGAGUGUGUAUAUACUAACAUGAUUUGUACGUGAUAUUUGGCGUAAAUACCACUCGCGAUAUUUCAAAAUAAUCUCCUAUUUCACUUGCAGUCUCAAAUUGCAGAAAUUUCUCAUGUAGUACUGUUUCAAGUAACGCCGGGCUAGAGAGAUGGUAUAGCUGUUAUAGAUUUAAUUGAUAUAUGGUUUAUCUAGGCAAACAGAAAUUACACUGAAGUGCGAUCCAGACAAACCAGGCAAAGGAACCAUACCAAGCCUUACAGGGACAAUUCUUCCCUCAGCACAUGCCUUAUAUGUAAAUAUAUUAGAGUAUUUUGACUUUUAACCCUUUUAUAAUCAUAGAGCAGAAGCAGUGAGUGAUCACUGAUGAGCAUGAAAAAAAGGUUAUUUAUUAAGUGACGAAAUAUUAGAAAAUUAACUAAAAAGUGGUGAACAAGUAAAACAAACCAAAAAAAUAUACAUAGAUUAUGAGUCAUACCUUGUUAUUACAUUGGUACCACUGCAGUUUUAUGGUUCAUACAACAUAAUAAGAUCAUCGCCAACCUUUACGACUUUUUUAAGCCAUAAUUUAAGAAUGGCUUUUGGUCCAAAAAGAUACCCUAUCAAGACGCUAAAUGGCAACAUCGUAUACCCUGUACAAGGCUCUACCCUGAGAACCACACCCUGUUCAGUGCCACAUACCCGUAUAGGCAAAUAAGGGAGGGGCCCCAGUAUGUCACUCAUACCCACUUAUUCAACUGGGUGAUUGAAGAGGAAGGGACCAACAGGGUAGAGUGGUUUACUAAACAAGCGAGACUGUAAAGCUUGAACCCAGACCUACAGCAACAAAAGAAUGAGGUGUUAAUCAUUAAGCCACCACAAUAACACCGAGUCCCUGGGGUUGGAUAUUGGUAGUUAUAGUGUGGCUUGGGAAUCAGGUAUUUAUUUUGCGAAGGUCCAGCCAUUUGCCACAGAUUGACUUGUCAUUCAAGGUCUCGGUAAAUUUUUAAGUGUUUGUUUUCUCAACUUAAUACGUUUCUUUAUUUUGCUUUAAUCAAGCGACAACUUGAGCUAUCAACAGCAAAAAAAUUAAGUCAGUCUUGUUUUAAGUUGAUUGUGAAUGAACCCACGGGUGGGGCAUUUGACAUAUUCCUGGAUCCUUCAUCAAUUUGGUAGUUUUAGUGUCCCUACCCCCAGGAAUUUAGCAUCCAAGAUAGAGAAAUGUGCAAAUGCCAGAGCUUUUAUCCAGGGGGUGAGGGAUGGGCACAACUUGAACUGACCGAUAUGUAUAAAUGAUCCAAGAACUCUCUUGUGCUAUUUUAAAGCUGCCUUUACAAAUUUGAAGACAUUUUCAUUGCUGCCGCUCGGUUAUGGAAUGAAUUGUAGCUUAAGCAUAUUAUUUUUAAAAGAUAUAUAUUUAACACCAGAAAAAUAAUUGCUUUUCAGACUGGAACAUUUACUUCCAAAUUCGCCUGUGCCUUUCCAACUCACCAAACUCUGUCUGGUGAUACUGUGCAACAGAAGGAUGAAGUGAUAAUCUAAGUUAUAGUGGCAGGAACGAUCAGUAGUUAGCAAUGGAUCAAAUUUUAGUGGAACCCGUUGAUACACCACGGUUAAGCCGUGAAAAUGUGGUCGUAUUAGCAACUGGUGGCUUCGCAUUAUUAUACUAAGCCUUGCUAAACUGUAAUAACAAAUUAAGCUCAAUUCUAACAAGCCUUAUUAAAUUUAAUAUAUCAUGACUUUGAACAAUUUCAAGAAACAGCAUUACCGUUUGUCAGAUUGAUUGCUUUAGUUAUUCCCACCAACGACACCCAACGGGGCACCCAACGACAGUUUCCUCCUAAAAACAUUGAAAACACUUUUUAGGCUAUCCAGAGUAUCGGUAAAAAUACAUUCUAAGCGGCGCUAUAAAAUUUGUAUCUGUUCGGUCAUCCUAGGGGGACUUGAGUCUUCUCGAAAUUUUAAGGGCUUGAGUAUUAUUUUCCCAAAAAUUUUAGGUGCAAUUUGACGUGUUACGAAAGUGAGACAUCUUCUGAUCCCUCUCUCCAUCACAUUUUUGAAUCCGAAAAUUUUAGUUCUCCUUUUUUCUACGAAAAUAGCCCAACAUAGGGAGUGAAAUGUGAAAAUUAAACUUGGUAUAAAUGGUAAGGAAUAAAUUAGAUAAGCUUCGAAAAAUGUACUUUAAUGGAAAGGUUAUCUAGAAAUUUUUAGCCGUCCUCAAGUGCUAAAACAUUCUAGGCAAUAUUCGCUUCUUCGUACAGAUAUUUUACAGAAAACAGUCGUUGGGUGUCCCUGGAAAAAUUCAGUCCAUUGAUUGUACUCAUUGUAGUAAUUCCCCGUGAGUUGAGUCGUCGAGAAAACUGGAAUAAGAGCAAAAUAGAAAACGCUCGCUACGCACGCUACAGACGUCCUUUGAAUAGCAACAGAAAGGUCUUUUAAAAGUGUUUUAGAAAAAAUGAAAUAAAGCAGUGUUGUUAUGGAGAGAAAUUACACAUCGCUGACAC